GCGGCGACGGUGUUCAUUCAGCCGCCGCGGGCCACGAUGACAGUCGGCAACGUCUUCGUUUUUUCUUCGUUGCUAGUAGGUGUUUUUGGGGGGCUGUUCUCGAAAAGCUCGUCUACCUCGGAAUGGGAUCACUAUCACGAUCAUGAGGCUAUGCUCGAAAAACUCUUGGAGAUCAACCAGAAAUGUUCUCAGAUUUCUACUCUCUACAGUAUCGGACAAUCAGUAGAGGGACGAGAACUUGUCGUCAUUCAGUUCUCGACCACUCCAUCAACACAUGUUGCAUUGAAACCUGAGAUGAAAUAUGUUGGAAACAUGCACGGCAAUGAACCACUCGGUCGCGAAUUGCUAAUUCGUCUAGCAGAUUAUCUCUGCGAAUCUGCGACUAACAAGGAUAAGGAAGUCAUCCAGCUUUUGAACUCGACCUCAAUCCACAUCCUGCCGUCCAUGAAUCCCGACGGCUUCGAAAAGGCUCUGAACACGGAUCCAGCUGAGCGCAAAUGGUUGACGGGUAGAGCUAAUGCCAAUGGAGUCGAUUUGAAUAGAGACUUUCCGGAUUUGGACGGAGUCUUCUAUGAACUAGAAAAGAUGAAAGUUCCAAAAUUCGAUCAUCUCAUGGAGCUCUUCGCUGAUGACAAAGAGCGACAACCGGAGACGAUAGCUGUUGGCCAGUGGACACUGUCAUUACCAUUUGUACUGUCAGCCAAUCUACAUGAAGGUGACCUUGUUGCCAACUAUCCGUUCGAUUCUACUAAGCUAGAGGGUAUCAGCCAGUAUAGCGCUAGCCCCGAUGAUGGCACGUUCAGGUGGCUUGCACAAAAUUAUGCUAAAAACCAUGCUCAUAUGGCUAAGAAUGAUCACCCACCAUGUGACGGAACCACUAAGGAUGCAUUUGCCACACAAGGCGGAAUUACCAAUGGUGCUAAAUGGUAUUCUGUAUCGGGUGGAAUGCAAGACUUCAACUACCUCGCUACCAAUGCCAUGGAACUCACCUUGGAACUUAGCUGUGAGAAGAUGCCUCCUGGAAAGGAAUUGCCACAGUUUUGGGAAGAUAACAAAAAAGCUCUGAUGGAGUUCAUGUUCGCGUCUCAUGCUGGAAUCAAAGGACUGAUUACUGAUGCUGUUACCGGUGAACCAAUCAACGAAGCUGUUGUGUGGAUCCGCAAUGGUACAGAUCCAUUACCAAUCCGUCAUCCAGUUACUUCAUGGCUUCUCGGAGACUACUACCGUAUCCUACCAGCCGGCAAAUAUGAAGUCAUUGUCCAUGCUGAUGGCUACGAAUCUGCCUCCCGUAAUGUUACCGUCACCAACAAGGUUCGUGAUAGCGCUAUGGUAGUGGAUUUCGCUCUGAAGCCACUGACUGAUGAACAGCCAUCGGAUGAAGAGAUCGCCCAGCUUGUCGAAGCCCUCGAACAACAGCAAGGACAAGCACAAGAAUGAUCUUCUUAUCGAACUCUGAAGAACUUUGAAAAGCCAGACACAUCAAUGAUCUCCAAUGAAUCCCACCAAACUACGAGUCUAUCCCCUAUUUCCGUAUUUACUACUUUAUUCGACCGAUGCUAUGUACGUGCAACACACAGAAUUUUAUCAGUCCCAGUGAUAAAUGUUGAUAUGCUGUUUGAAAGCGAAAAAGUAAAAGUGG